AUGGACGCGAAAUACACAAACGAGAUUAUAUUUGAAGAACGAGAAAUCCCACGCCCAACUAUUGAAAACGAGCUCCCCGUUGCGGCCAUAUCCGCAGAAGAAAGAGUUUUGAAAGAAACAGCAUCCCAUACCAUCGUAUUACCGUUCAGGAAACCUGAUGAUCGCGAUAACGUUGUCACACACGCUGUUUAUCGCCAACUCGUUGAACGGUAUAUCCAAGAAAAUGAGACGUGGGACUCACAAAUGCGCAGUGAUAUGCUAGUUGAAUCAGAAGAUCUCAAUUAUCGCAUAUCCAUCAGCAAGGGGGUUAUAAGCAGCCAUAAGUUGCAUACACGAAUAAAGCAAAAAGUCACUUGGCCACGAUUUUGGAUGCUCCGAGUUAUGUUUGGACCGGCGGCUUGUGCCAGGCAGACUUGGUUCCCCGAAGUUUUGAAACGGUUUCCCGACUUUGCGUCGAAGCCAGCUUACACUGGCGUUGUGCCUCCAAACCUUGAAGAAGUGCUUGAGUUGGACGAAUGGGUGCCGCCUGUUCCUACACCUGAAGAAUGCAAAUAUGACAGAUUCAGAGUACCGAAACGCACAGCUACCUCAAUUGGAAAUCACCGGUCUAGGAGACAGAAAGAGGGUAUCAGUAGCGUUUUGAAUACGCCAGCAAUGACAGUGGCGGCAGCAACGCCUUCACCAACAAAUACAUUUGCUCUACAGCGAUGCCUCGAAACUGACAGCACGUCACAAGUAGUCGAAACGCCAGCUGCAAUGAGCCGACAGUCCAUGAUUCCACCUGAUCUUGGUACAAACGAGGUGCCACCGCCACGCGAUAAUGAUGAAUUACGAAGCAAGUACAAGCCAUUCGAAGAAUUGCAAUAUUCUCAAAUGAGUCAACUCGACAUGCAAACUCAGGUUAGAGAACUCGGCGACGAGAACAUCUAUUUGCGGCAGAUAAACGCAAUACAGCAGAGAUUGAUUGAACAAUAUCAGGAGAGAAUUUUUAAGCUGGAAUCGGAAAGCAGAGCGAUACAACGGAGAAUUUAA